UGAUUGUCGAUUGUUAUGCGUGACGUCGGGAUUCUUGCGCAGGCGCUUCCCACUCCUCGUCUCAUCGCGGUGCUGUUUUGCCAUCUCUCGCCGCUUACACUGAAGACCAGCAAGACAAGACAACCUGAAGCGCCUCUUGCUAUACAAACAAACAACUGGCAUUUCAACGAGCGUUUGGAGACGACGAUGUCCUACCCGACGGGCUCGCACGGCGGGACUGCACAUGCCGGUAAAAGUCUAAAGAAAGCGAAGGAUCCGCUCGUGCAGACGUUCAGUAAGUUUGCUACAGCCCUUCGAGAUGACGUCGAAAAAUACAUCGAAGGAAAGAAGGCCGACGUCCGCAAGUUUGUCGACACUCUGCGGCAGAUUCCGCUCGCGCGCCUGCUCCGAGCCGGCGCGCCUUUCUUCGCCUAUCUCGUCGUCUUCAAGUUCUACGCCGAGCUGCAUCGUCUGACGAUGAGCGGCGACAUCGAACCGAACACGUCGUUCCUUCCCGCACUCGAACUCGCUCUCUUCAAGUGCUACCCGCACCGCAUACUGGCAACCUACGCACACCCCGUACUCGACGUCCUAGCGGCCGUUCCCUACCUAUUUCACUUUCCGCUACCGUUUCUCUUUCUUAUAUACUUGGCGUCGAAUCGUAAUCGUCGACGAGGAUUGUAUCAGUACAUCUGGAUUGCCGGAUGGGUCAAUCUCAUUGCAGUCAGCAUUCAGUUUUUGUUCCCGACGGCGCCGCCGUGGUUUGUUGACUCGGCGGUGUAUGACGGCGCCGACCGACAUCUCAUCAGUUCUCUUCCUAACGAGGCGGGUUUUCAGCGUUUAGACUCGGUCUUGGGUGUUCCGUUCUUUCACGGUAUCUACGCGCAGUCGCCGGUGAAGUACGGUGCGUUUCCGUCGCUUCAUGUUGCUUUGCCGGUCGUCGUUCUUGUCUGUAAGCCGUGGAUAUCAACGAGAUUUGCCGUCUUGCAUGUUGUGUGGAUUACGUGGGCGGCUCUCUACUCGAAUCAUCACUUUGCUGUUGAUGCUCUGGGCGGCAUUCUUCUUGUGUUGUUUGUUCAUUUUAUGGCGAAGAGGGUUUGGUCGCCGUUUCAGGAGAGAGUUAGAGUGGUGGAUGCCAAGAUAUCAGACAGACAGUGGUGGAGAGAGAGGACCAUGAGAACGGUCAAAGAUUGUAAUGUUUGAUGAAUUAAUUAGAGAUGCGCGAUUAGUUGUUAGUGUUCUAACAUUUUUACUGCUGUCUGCCGAAUUGAAAUAAAACGAGUGGAUGGUACAGAGUUGGGUAAUUAGUGAAUAUUUGAUAAUCUUGAUAUAGUCGUGUUCAUCACCUGCAUGGUGUUGCAAUGAGAUAAUUGUACUAAUAAAAUUAGUUCUGCAAGUA